ACAUAUUUUCAAAAUUCAUCCAAUAAAACCCUAAUUUCUUCCCGUGUAAACUUACUACAUGCCCCGCUCUAUCCACAGAGCCACCACCACCUACUCCACUCUUCUCUGGUCUUCGCCGUCGCCGUUGCCGUCCAGCUCAGUUCUCGCUGCCGAUCUCUGCCCAUCACCCUCGUUCUUAGCUCCUCUCUCCCCGUCGUUCAUUCGCAGUAUCCCUCUUCUCUCUUCGAGUCGUUCGUUAUCAGCCUCAGUACGCCGUCGUUCUCUCUGCCGUCGUCGUGGCACCCGCGGGCAUGGUCGUUCUCACUCCUCAGCGGCGUCAUCCUUAGCAGGCAACGAGCGAUGGCGUGGAUCUCAGCGAGUUGAGCGUCGUCGUCAGCACCGUGGUGCUCCCUCUCCCCCUUCAUCCUCCACUUCCAGAGUUCCAAUGCAGUCUCAGCCUCAGGAAACUUCAUCUGCUUAUUAUAUAUUGCAGCAGUAUACUGCCUCUGGAGGGCAGAAGUUGCAGAACUCAAUAAGAAAUGCAUAUGCAAUGUGAAGGGUGAGGAUGGUAGCUUCCGAGUUUGAAACUGCAACUAGAGUAGUGAAAAACCGGAAUGCCUCUAGGUGCGUGGAGUCCGGUGGAUUUGUGCUCUGGCAGAUGAAACAAAAAUGGGCAUUCUGUGGUAACCCUUUUCAGGUUUGGGGAGAUGGCUAUGAGCCAUACCAAAACAAAAAUGGAAGAGGCGUGGACAAUUGAAGAGGUUGCAUUCAAUGUCCCAGGUCUCUCAGUAGAUUGCUUCAUUUCCCCAGUAGAUUUGAGGACAGGUUCUGUCAGUUAAGCAUUGGAGAAAUCUCAUAAUUGCAGUGUUGAUAAUAUGAUUUGGAAGAUGGAAAUCUAACAAUGCGGUUAGGAACAUCAUCAAUUCAGGCCAAUUGUUAAUAGCAGUCACUAGUUUUUUUUACUACUAACGUCUAGAAUUUGAUGUACACAUCAUAUCUUUUCUAAUAUAUAUGAAUUUCGUUUGUAUUUUGAUGCUGUUUGUUAUUACUUCUCAGAAAAUGAAAUGUACACACUCCAUUGAUUAUCAAUUCAAGAAGUUUAUGCAUUGUUCACAAUAA